AUGCGUAACACUAGAUCACAACAACUUGCAACCGCCUCUGUAGCCCGACCGACCAACAGAUCAUCGAAAAAGUCCAACCGUCCAAAACGUAGACUGUUCAUUGAGUUGACUGAAACUAAUCGUAAACGGAUUAACAUCAAUGCUUGUUCUACCCGUCGGCCAGUCUCCUUGGUAAACCGAGACUUCAAGGAUGAGGAUGAUUCAAAUGACAAAGAAGAUGAAGAUGAAGAUUCAAAUGACAAAGAAGAUGAAGAUGAAGAGGUGUUCAAUCCCCUGGCCACACGCAUCAACACCAAACAACAAGGAUGUGCCAUUGCCCAAGCCAUCAACCCUUCCGCCUCUGACAAUGAAGUUGACAAGGAAUCUUUACCUAGCAUUAAAGAAUACAAAAAUGUACUCGAUCAGUGGCCACCUGCUCAAAUAGCGGUGGUUGCUCGAUCUCAGAAGAAAAAAGGCACCACGGUCCCGCCUUCUAUUUUGAGUGAAGCAAGAGCAUUUUGGAAACUUUACAAACAACAGAAGGCCAUGCUGAGUAUUAUGGGAAAUAUUAUAGCUAAUAUUAAACCUGAUCACAGAGGUGAGCUUGGUGGGCGCCGAAAACCAGGAUGCUAUCAAAUUUGGUUAAAGUACAGCAAAGAGAGGCAAAAACAUUGGAUGCCACUUAAAGGAGGUCCGGAAGGUAUAUUGGCAAACCGCAAUUGGAAGCUUGGAAAGAUCUGGAAAUCUCUACCCAAAGAGCACCAAGAAGUCUUCCAUCCAUCGGUCUUUUAUGUUCUAUCCCGUCUUACUCCACCUUCCAGUGAUUCAGAUGUCGAAGAUGAUGACAAUGAUGAAAAUGAAAUUCAAGCGCAACCACGAUUAGAGCUUGAGCCAGAGCACUGGGCUGAAUUGCAAGCUCUUUAUUAUCAAUUACCUCCCGGAUCACAAUAG